ACAGUGAGUAUAUGUGCGCACCUGAGCCCCAGUCCCACAAUAAGUUUCCAACCUGGAACCUUUCCCACCCAACUGGUGUUCCCAGACCUCGAGCCCGGUUGCCUGGCGAACUGCGAGACGCUACAAAGCGGGGUGUGGUGGCUUGGAUACCGCAGCUCGGACAGCGUUGUUCGGAGAUCUGCCGAAGCGGUACUAUGCAAAGGGCGAGACAUAUCUGAGGAUAUGCUCUAAAGCAGCUUUCUCAAGAAUGAAGCUGUAUAAGGACCGGUGCUGCGAGGCAGACAGCGACU